AUGGAAACUCCCGUCAAGAAGGUACCUAUUCAUUUGCAGAGCGCCCAAAACCGUAUCUACAUCAAAAAUGGCACAGUUGUCAAUGACGAUGGCAUGUUCAAAGCUGAUGUUUACGUUGAAGAUGGCAUAAUUAAAUUUGUUGGCCCCGCAUCUGAAAUCAAUGUUCCCGGUGGUGUCCGUGUUAUUGAUGCCACUGACCGUUUGGUUAUGCCCGGUGGUAUUGAUCCUCAUGUUCACUGUGAAUUCAGAUUUGGCGGUGCUAUCGCUGUAGAUGAUUUCUAUCAUGGAACUAAAUGCGCCAUUGCCGGUGGCACCACAACCAUUAUUGAUUUCGCCGUACCCGACAAAGGUGAGUCUUUGUUGGAUGCCUACAACAGAUAUCGCUCCUGGGCCGAUCCCAAAGUAUGCUGUGAUUAUGCCUUGCAUGUAGCCGUUACAUGGUGGUCCAAAUCCGUAUCGGAUGAAAUGAAAAUCUUGUGUGAGGAGAAGGGUAUUAACUCGUUCAAAAUGUUCAUGGCCUAUAAGGGCUUGUAUCAAGUCAACGAUUCCGAAAUGUUGGACAGUUUUGAACGCAUUCGUGAAUUGGGUGGUAUUGCUUUGGUCCAUGCCGAAAAUGGUGACAUUAUUGCCAAGAAUGUUGGCAAACUUUUGGAUGCUGGCAUUACUGGUCCCGAGGGCCAUGAAUUGUCUCGCAUGGAGGAAGUUGAAGCUGAAGCCGUCAACCGCGCCUGUAUCUUGGCCCAUCAAGUUGAUUGCCCCCUUUAUGUUGUUCACAUUAUGAGCAAAUCGGCUGGUAUUGAACUCGCCAGAGCUCGCAAGCGUUACAACAACCGUGGUAUCUACGGUGAAACUUUGGCCGCUGCUCUGGGUACUGAUGGCACACAAUGUUUCAAGAACUGCUUCCACCAUGGUGCUGCUCAUGUUCUUAGCCCUCCCCUCAGAUCAGAUCCCACAACUCCCGAAUUCAUGAUGAGAUUAUUGGCCAACGAUUAUCUCCAGACCACCGGCAGUGACAACUGCACCUUCAACAAGGAACACAAGGAAAUGGGCAAGGAUAACUUUGCCAAAAUCCCCAAUGGCGUCAAUGGUCUCGAGGACCGUAUGUCUGUCGUCUGGGAGAAGGGUGUCCACAACGGUAUUAUGGAUCCAUGCCGUUAUGUUGCCAUCACCAGUACCAACACAGCUAAAAUCUUCAACUUGUACCCACAAAAGGGCCGCAUUGCUGUCGGUUCCGAUGCCGAUAUCCUCGUCUGGAAUCCCAAUGCCACCCGCAAAAUCUCCAAGGACACCCAUCACCACAGAUGUGACUUCAACAUCUUCGAGGGUUUGGUUUGCCACGGUGUUCCCGAAUAUGUUUUGGUACGUGGCCGUAUCUGUGUUGAGCAUGGCGAAGUUCGUGUUGCUCAAGGCCAUGGUCGUUUCUUGAGCACCCCCGUGCGUCCACCAUUUGUCUAUGAUGUUAUGGACGGUAAAGUGCCACCACAGGAUGUGAAAAUCAGUUUGGAUCAAUUGUACAGCGAGGUGACCCCUCAAGCACCAGUUUCGCAUUCAUUGAUCAAAGCAAAGCCCUGCGAAAAGAUUGUUUCUCCGAAAACCGCUUAUGAACCUGGUUUCCCCAUUGUACCAAAAUGCCCCACCGAUGCCAAAAAUGUUCAACAAUGCAUUUCAGAUUUUAUAGAAGAGGCUCCGCAACAACAAAAUGGUCACCGUACAUCGGUAAAAGUACAUAAUCCACCUGGUGGCAAAUCCACAGGAUUCUGGUGA